AUAUACAGAUGCCCAUGCUGCAUGAGAGAUUAAAGGUCCUACAUGAAGUCGGCUCAAAGUUAGUUGAAAAGUACAAUGGCAGUUUUGUGAAUUGUAUAUAUGAAGCUGAUGGAAGUGCAAACAAAUUACUGGAGAUCAUCAUGGAAAACUUUCCUGCCUUCAGAGAUGUAGCCGAGUUCAAGGGAAAGCAAGUUGGCAUAUACAAAAGAGCCCAGAUUCUAAUAUCCGACAUAUGGGCAUGUUGUGAGGGUACUGGGCUAGGGGCAUUCAAAGAUGUAGACACUAUUACAAUGUUUGCUGAUUACAGAAUCCCUCAAAUCCUUGUAUAUUUUGGUGCCUUAGAAUACUCAGACCAUUUGAUGGAUCUCCUCAAAAAAGAUACAUUAUUCCAAAGUGGUGAUCAACUGGAAGUUGAGAUACGUGGUUGCAGCAUAUGGGCUGUUGAGUUGAUUGUUAGAGAAGCAAGAGAACUGAUGGCCAAGGAUGAAUCCCUGAAGGACAAUUCAAUGAAUGCAAUCAUGGUGGACCAUUAUUUGUGGGACUAUCGGGUGGCUCAUGCCAUAGAAACAAACCAUAUACCAAUACAUAAGAUACGUUGUAUAUACUACUGAUAUUGUGCAACUGUCCAAUAAUCUAUACUUUUAUUAAAAGUGCGGACCAUGAAUAAUGACGUAUACAAAUUGAAUACUGUAUUUGCAUUUAUCAGAUAUAAAUGUGUAACGAUAUUUGAUUUUGUCUUCCAUAAAACCCGAUAAUUUAUAACAUACUAUACAGUAAAACUUGUGUAUAAUGAACAUUUUUGCUGAGAAAAAGCAUUCAGUGUUGGUAGGUGUUCACUACGAGAGGGAAAUUUAGACAGAAGUAAGUAGUCUCUGCGGAGGAAGGGUAUCUACUAGAGACAUGUGUU